AUGUGCGAGGUUGGAGGGAUGGUAACGGAGUACGCGACGGACAACUUGGAUACGCUAGUCGGUUGCACUACGGAAUACAACCCGGGUACGGCGGCAAAAGUGGCUGUAGAUGCAAUGGCGCUGACGACACUUGUCGCGGUCAACCGUUUUAAUCUGCAAACGAUCGGCAACUCGAUGAUAUGCGCAUUGCUUGAAUGUUUGAAGGGCGCUUAUAAAAAUCAGUUCACUCCAAAGUACAAAAAGUGGAUCAAGAAGUUGAACCAAACGGUGGUGAUGACAAACGUCUGCGCAAUGGGUGUGCAAUACCUUCAAACGCAGAAGCUCGUCCAGACAUGUUUCAAUGCAGCCAAAGCUCGUACUCAAGUUGUCGUGAUGCAGAAGCUGUUCGACCCGUACGUCCCGAAAUACGCAGCGAUGUACCAGACGUACAGGGAUAAGUCGACGGUAGCCUGCAUGACCAAGCCGCAGAUCUGCGACUGCAACAUCAACCUCACCGAAUCGAUUAAUGCGGCGAGUGGUCUUGGGAAA